AUGGACACCAAAAAACCUGGUUCCAACAAGUUGAAGAUCCCCCGGGUAAUCAGUAAAGCCGCUAGAUACAAAGUUGCCCUUGAAAUUCAUGGAGAGAAUCUUGAAGCUCAUCGCAAUGAGCUGCAAGAGAUGGAAGAGAGGCACAGACUGGUGACCGAUGAGAUCAUGCCUAAAUUGAGUCUCAUGGGAGAGAGAUUACAAUCUAGGAUAAAAUCAAUGCAGCUAAAGGUUGAUCAUCUUCGUGAUAUUCGUUUAGAAAUCGAACGUGACCAGGCUGCAGAGAUGAUCAACACGAAACCCGUCGCGAACGAUACUCCGCCCCAGAGAAUGACCUUAAAUCCACAAGUACUCCAUGCUAUGGGGCUUAGUGAUCUAUCGAAUCUAGUCAGCCGCGAAGUAAUCAAGCUGGUUUGUGAGCUGGCUAUUCGUGGCGCUCUUGUUACAACUCCUUCUACAACACCUCCUCCUCCCGCCAAGCCCCCUCGAUCCACUACUCCUACUGCUGUAUCUCUUACUGUAUCUCCCCCUACGCCGUCUACUAUUAUGCAACCUUCUCCCGAAUUACCCCCUACAUAUUCAUCUCCGCCUCUGCAGAAGACACAUAAAGAGCGACAAAAAAAGGCGUAA